GCAGUCAUUACGGUACGUGCAGCCUGCGGUGCCUGUGUUGUCUGACUGAGCCGGUGUUGCAUUGGAGAACGCUGCGCCGAACAGGACUCGGAUGCAAAGCUGAGUCACGGAUCGUACUGCAGUCAGCCAGGUUCAUCUGGGAAGUCACACGUUGGGCUUUGACUCCUGGUGUGACAGUCUUCAAAUCAGUCAUCAAAAGACAAAGGAAAUCAAUUUUUAAACGUGGCUUUGAUUCAUUGGCAAGUCCCACACCGGCGAAUCAGAAGGAGAGACAGCCCUCACCCCCCUCCCCAGUCGUGAGCUUGAACCAGCAUGGCAGAUGACCGACAGCCAGAAGACAGUGCCUCUCAGUGGGACCCCUCAGGGGGCCAGGAGCCCACUGGUACCCAUGGGGCCAACGGUUUCUCAUCUUCGUCGUACAGAACAUGCCAGACUAGUGGGACUCACGCGACCUCUGCCCCCUUCUCUUCAAGGGAGAACGGGUUCAAUGGGGAGUUAACCGGUGCUCAUGCUAUAACUGCAGAGCAAGUGUCUGCAAGGAUCGUGCAGGAAGUGACUGCCGAGGCAGUGGCGGUGCUAAAGGGGGAGCAGGAGAGUCAAAGGCUGCCAUCAGUUGAAGACACCACCAAUUUACCUCCGUCGCCGCCUCCUUCACCUGCUGCAGAACAAUUUGGUCCUCUUGAGCAAGAUGUAGGGGAUGAGGAGGAGGCAGGCCCUCUCCGCCGCUUCCAAAAUUCUCGGGAGAGGUGCAAGUUCCUCGCCCCCUCCAUCUCAGUUUCUGUGCCUGAGGACGACCCCUACCACUCCGACGAGGAGUACUAUGAGCACCCCUUGUUCAGCCCAGAGUGGACGCACUCGGGCGCCCGCCCCAUGGGGCAGGCUGUGGCCUUUAGACAGAUUGAAGAAGAGACCAUGGAGGCUCUUACAGCUGAAUACGAGGAGGAGGUUGAAGAGGAGGAUGAGGAUGAGGAGGAAGAGGAAAGUGCAGAGGCAGCUCUUGAUGAGCAGCAAUGGAGCGGGGAAGAGCCUGACCUGGACAGCCCCGAAGCUGAACUUGUAGAGCAGGCAGAGGCCGUAGACAAAGCCCAGGAUCUAGAACUGGGACUGACAGAGGCAGCUAGUGCUCCUACAGAAAGCUCUAUGGACAGAGAGGAGGAUGAGGAUGAGGAUGAGGAGGAGGAGGAAGCAGAGGGUGAGGAGAGCCCUGAGUCAGCUGUGAAGAUGGACUCGGAAAACCCCGGAAGUGAGAAAAGUGGUUCCGUGAGCCCAGACAGCAUCGGAUCAGAGAAACGUCCAGAGGAGGUUUUUGAGCAUCAGACUCAGGGGUUCUUUGCUGGAGAACGAAUCAUACCAGAGAGUCCCACCAUGGAUAUGCUGUCGUUUGUACCUCCAGAUGUUCAAACUCAAGCCAAAGAAUUUGCAAAGUCAAUCACCCUUCAGCCCAUUUAUGGUGAGCCCCUCACAGUGUCAGAGAAGCAGCCAUCUGUGGAGGUAGUGGAGUUCAGCAGCCUUGGUGCCCCCUCUGAUUUCUCUUCAAUGGGAGUCAAAGUUGAAGGAGGAAACUUGACAAGUGAUGCAAUGUCAGCUUAUUUUGAAACAUCAGCCACUGAUGCUUAUGUGUCCCCCCAGGGUAAGGGUGAGGGUUAUUAUGAACUGAGCAGAGUCGGUGAAGAGAAGAAUACUGUUGAUUCCAAGCCUCAGAAGAUGGGGUCACCAGUGCAGGAGAGUCGUGAAACACAAAACACUGUCACUCAAGAUUUCUCAGUUCCUGACAGAGGGAAUGAAUGCAAGCUUUCCCCUGGUAAACUGGCCUUGGAGCAAAGGAGCUACUCCCUAAACAUUACGAUUGGAACAAUGGAUCAAAGUGGCCAAGACAGAAUGAGGAACUUUUCACCAUUGGCCACUGAUAUCAUGACGUACACCAGUGGCAGUCUCGAUGAGUCAGCAGAUUACCUCCCAAUUACUACUCCCUCUGGAGAAAAGCCACCUCCCUUCCCUCCGCUAAUUCUGGAGACUGCAGCUUCAAUCACUUCUGAUUCCUCAUCGCCACCAAGGAUGGCUGAAGCCAUUUCAAAUCCCAGCUCUGGACCAGAGUCACCUGAGUCCCCUGAGUCACCCCAGCCAUGUGAGAGCAGCCCUAAGAAUAACACAGUCAUGGCUCAAGACUUGCCUGAGAUGCUAGAUCUUGCUGGGUCCCGUUCUAGGCUGUCAUCUGAAAACACUGACACAGAAAUCGUACGGAGAAAAUCGUUUCAAACCUUCCCUGAUGACUUGCUGGCUGGCUUUGUCUCAGGUGAACAAAGUCCUGGAAUUAAAAAAAGUGACAGUCAGCUGGAAGAGAUGGGCUAUUGUGUGUUCAGUGAAUACUCAGGACCUAUGCCGUCCCCUGCUGAUGUGAUUAGCCCAACAAACACUUCUGCACAGGUCUUCACCCCUGCUGUUCUUGAGGAGAAAGUUGCUGCGCAAGCCAGGAAACUAGCAGUUAGAGACACAUCUGUGGAAGACAAUAGCCAGGCUUUAGACUUGACUGUCAGUGAAGAAAAAGAGAAGAGUGAAAGAGAGAGAAAAGAUUCCUCCGAAGAAGGUCAAAAGAAUAUAAUUGACCAGCUAAAUACAUCAGUAAGUGAGCAGGUAAAAUCGUCUGCCCUCCCAGGGGAAUCGUUUGUGACACCCACUGUCACAGUGACUUUAGAAGAAGGUGGGAGGUCAGGAAGCGAGACAGAACGACAAGCCAGUGGCGAAGGCUAUGCUUCUGAAACGGAGAUCGCUGACUAUGAGAGGCAGAUCCGCAAACUGGAGAUGGAGGGCAGGCCUCUCAGUAUGGAGGAAGAACGAGAGUUACAGGAGCUUCGGGAGAAGGUGAAGCUGGUGCACCAGGAGGCCUAUGAGGAAGUGGAUGCUGAAGAUGUGUACCAGUUGACCGGGGUGGCCAAAGACCGCAUUGCCAGGCCUGUCAAGUCUUCACCAACUUCGUCAGUGGAAAGUAAUAUUGAUGAUGAUAAACUACUUUCGCCAGUGCUCUCACCAUCCAAGCUUAAACAAAAAGAACUUUAUGGUUCCCCUAAAAGAGCAGCAUCACCAGUGAUAGCAGUAACCAAAGAGGGCACAGAGGAAUCUGAGAAAAAAGCUAGAGAGCAGAAUGAAAAAGAAGCAACUGAGGGAGAAAUAAAGCCUGAGAAAGAGGAGACAGAGAAGAAAAUUACAGAAGAGACAGAAAAGAAACUGAAUGAAAUAAAAGGAAGAGAAGAGGAGGAAAGGAGGGAACAAGAUACAGCAGAGAAGAAUCAAAGGGAAGAAACUGAGAAAAUGCAAAUGAUACACAAAGAAGAGCAAGAGAAGGAGGAAAGGGAGACUAAAGAAAAGGAAGAGAAGAUUGAGAAAGAAAGGAAAGAAAAGGAAAAGGCGGAUAGAUUAGAGAAAGAGAGGAAAGAAAAAGGGGAGAGGGAAAUGAAAGAAAGGGAAGAGGCAGAUAGAUUAGAGAAAGAAAAGAGAGAAAACGUGGACAGGGAAAUGAGAGAAAAGGAAGAGGCAGAUAGAUUGGAGAAAGAAAGCAAAGAAAAAGAGAGGAAAAUCAGAGAAGAGGCAGAGAAGGAAGAAAGGGAGACUAAAGAAAAGGAAGAGAGGAUUGAAAAAGAAAAGAAAGAAAAGGAGGAGAGAGAAAAGGAAGAAGCGGAUAGAUUAGAGAAAGAAAGGAAAGAAAAAGAGGAGAAGGAAAUCAAAGAAAGGGAAGAGGCAGAGAAAAUUGAGAAGGAAAGGAAAGGAAAACAGGAGAGGGAAAAGAGAGAAAGUGAAGAAGCAGAGAGGAUUGAGGAAGAAAGGAAAGAAAAAGAAGAGCUGGUGAUGAGUGGGAAGGAAGAGGCAGAGAGCAUUGAAAAUGGGAGGAAAGAGAAAGAAAGUGGGGAAAUAGAAGAAAGGGAAGAGAAAGAAAAGGAGAAAGAGGAAAGAGAUAUGAAAGAAAAGAAAGAUUUAGAGGCGAGGGAGAUUAAAGAAAGGGUCGAGCAAGAAGAGUUAGCGGUGGCAAGGAAAGAGGAAAAAGAAAGAAAUGAAAACGAGUUAAGGGAAAAGGAAAAUAAGCUUCAACAGGAGAUACAAAAUGUUGAAGAGACAAAGAUAAUGGCUGAAUUGGACAAAAUCAAACCAGCUGAAAAAGAAAAAGAGGAAGAGGAGUUAGCUGCUGGAGCAGCUGCGGUCAAGGAGGUCACUGAGACUCGUGCCGCCAUUGAAUCAGUGGUGACGGUGGAAGACGACUUCAUCACUGUCGUCCAGACCAUCGAUGAAGCGGAUGAACCGGGACACAGUGUUCGUUUCUCUGCUCCACCUGAAGCUUUGUGUAUACCUAGUGGAGAAGAGCAAGAGGAUUACGAGGAUGAGGAGCAGAAUGAUGAUGGUGAUGAUGAGGAGGAGUCUGUGGAGUUGGCCCAGGAGGCAGACAUUGAGGCUGCCAGUUUUGAAGAGGUUUGUGACAUUCCUGAUACCCCUGCGUCUCCUGAGAGGGAAGCGCAAACAGUAGAAACAGAAGGUCUCACAGAAAGUUAUGACAGAGAUGAAACCACCAUGGACGACUCCAUCCUGGACAGCUCUUGGGUGGACACACAAGAUGAUGACAAGAGCAUGGCUACAGAGCAGAUACAGCCCUUUCCUAAGGUGCGUAGUCCUGUCAAAAAGUCCACUGUGGUCCAGAAUAAGCAGACACAGCAGAAGAGAACACAGAAGCAUGAAAAGCCAGUCAAGCCGAAAACUAAGGGUGGGCGGACUAAAGGCAGACUCUCCACCCCUGAACGCAAACCACUGCACAAGGACCCUGUUUACGUCCCUCGAGAGAAGAAAAAAGCUGUGAUAAAGAAGACUGACUUUACCAAAAAAAUGGAAGCUCAAACUCUGUCCCCGUCCAAGAGGAUUGGACCGAAACAAGCUGUCCGCCAGACCCGUCCCACCCAGCAUCAUUCCUGUCCUAGAAGGAGACCCACAGAGCAACUUUCUGACAGUCGUCAGCCGCUCACAGUUGCACGGCGGUCUUGCGACAGGGCGUUGGAUGGUAGAUCACAAAGUCCUGACAAGAGAACUUCUGUGCCGCGGCAAGCCUCCUCUCUUAGUCGCCGCGGAUACCAUGAGGACAGUUCAACCUCCAUCACCAGCUCUGGUUCAACAGCACCCCGCAGACCCACAACUUGCCGUGCUGUGAUGAGGGCAGAGCAAAGGACAGGUCGAGCUCCCAGUAUGACAGUCUCAGAGCCGCUGCGCUCUCGCUCAGCCCGCAGUGGCCACUCCACACCACGGACCCCCGGCUCUAGCGCCAUGACCCCUGGCACCCCUCCCAGCUGCUCAUCAUCCUCAAGAACUCCCGGAACCCCUCGUUCCCUCAGCGUGAUGUCCCAGGAGAGGAAGGUGGCUGUGGCCCGGACCCCGCCCAAGUCCCCUGCCACCACUCCCAAGCAGCUCCGACUCCUCAACCAACCUUUACCUGACUUCAAGAAGGUCCGGUCCAAAGUUGGCUCCAUAGACAAUAUCAAGUAUCAGCCCAAAAGUGGACAGACGCACAAGGAGCAAAUAAUGGCAGCUGAGGCCAAACUCAAGGCCUCCUCUUGGAUCUGGAACUCGGUGCUCCGGGUCAUCUCCUUUACUCUGUGUCUGUCAGCGGCUCACAGUAUGACAUGGACCCAAGGCCUGCUGAAUCAUAUUUUAAACAAGAAGCUGGACUUCAGGUAUAUGCAAUCAAAAUGCAGCUCCAAGGAUAAUCUGAAGCAACCUCCCAGUGGAGGCAAUGUUCUCAUCCCCAGUGUUAAGCUGGACUAUAGCCAUGUUCAGUCUAGGUGUGGGUCCUUGGACAGGAGGGGCUACUCAGCAGGAGGUGGCAAUAUACAGAUACAGAACAAGAAGAUUGAUCUGAGUCAUGUGACCUCAAAGUGCGGCUCUCUAGACAACAUUCACCAUCGCCCUGGUGGUGGUAAUAUUCGUAUUGAGAGUGUGAAGUUGGACUUUAAAGACAAAGCCCAAGCCAAGGUGGGAUCCUUGGAUAAUGCUCACCACACUCCAGGAGGAGGUCGCGUUACAAUUGAGAGCCACCGGUUGACGUUCCGCGACCACGCCAAAGCCCGAGUCGACCACGGAGCGGAGAUCAUCGUUCGGUCGCCGGGCCGGUCCCGUUCCAUGUCGCCCCACCGCCACCGGGACAGCCACGUUUCGUCGUCCGGCAGUCUCAACAUGUUGGAGUCGCCACAGCUAGCGACCUUAGCUGAGGACAUCACUGCCGCGCUGGCCAAGCAGGGUUUGUGAACAUGCAUCGGGGAUGCUCUUACACUGAAGCUGUCAGCCAUUCACCACCCACCCACCGCCUUGAGGCCCACUUAGGGUGAUCACAACUUGGCUUCACAUCUCAAAGACCCACCAGAAGGGACUCCUAAACUUUAUGUCUGUUUUCAUCUCUGACAUGUUCUAUUGCUACCUAAUUUCCUCGGCCUCUCCUUUUGGAUGAUGUUGCAUAGAAUAGUUCACCUGUAGUGCUAAACAGGAUAACCUGUACAUACAAAUGGCGGGUGGGGCGGGGUGGGGGGAGCCACAUAUUGGCUUUAUUGAUCUUGGGUCUAUAGUUUAAAGAAGCUAUAGCUUUUAUUUACUUGUGGCCAUAUUCUGUACGUGGAAGUAAUGUGGCCAGCACAUCAUGCUGCACGUGUUGUUCCUGCUAACGUGCAUGGAUGGCAGACCCCUUAAUAAGCCGAGCCUCCUUACUGCUAGUCAUUCUUUUCCUCCUAAUAUAUAUAUAUAUAUAUAUAUAUAUAUAUAUAUAUAUAUAUCCAAACAAAUAGCUAUAUAUAUAUAUAUAGAAACGAGUAUAAGAAUACAGGUUAUUAACCAUCCACAUGUCCUUUGAAGCAGUUCCAAGGAAGCAACAACAUGACCAUAAAUAAGAUAAACCUGUAUUAUUGCGAAAACUAAGUCAUGUAUGACAAGCAUGUAUCGAUUCUCAAACUAAAAGAGGCUAUUUUGUAAUUUGAAAAGGGAUUUUAGUAAGUCAUUUUCUCAUUCAUUGGCUAAGAAAUGAACAAAUUCAUGUUUUGUAGUUCUUAGUUAUUUACGGUGUAUUUAUUGGUGUCAGACAGCGCUGAUGUUGUGUUGCUGAGCAAUGCAACGACUGACGCAAAUGCAGAUGUUGGACCGUCUUAUACUGCAGAUGGAGUGCAGAUGGAGCGCCAAUGGUGACAUGAGAUGGAUUCCGUUUGUGUGUGCGUUUGGUGCAGAUCUCAAGAUGUUUUACGAUCAGUGUAUCUGACUAUUUUGUUGCAGUAUGUGCAAAACAUUUGAAAAACAUAGAAAUAUGAAUCAUUAGGGAAAGCAAAUGGCGAUUUAUCCAUUGAAAUAAGACGUUGGAGUGAUCUUGUUUGUUUUUCAGAGAACGUGUGGUUUAUCCUGACUCUUACCUGUUUGUUUGCUUACGUGUUCUUCAGCAUUGCCCAUCUUUAUGUCCCUUCUCACCCCACCCUGCAGCAACUGUAAAUGUAUUUAAACGGUCAAGUAGAUGUAUGCAGUUUAUUAUUUUUUUUUUUCCUGCUCUUGCUGGUAUGACUCCAUCGACGGCAAUGCAUUAAAAUAAAUGAGAUUAAAAAAAAAAACA